UCCAUCACCGAUCCUCCUACAACCCUUUUGUAAGUCAACGUCCCACGCCGUACGUACGCUACAGCAAAGGCAGCGGUUGCACAACGCCCGCCGCAAUCGCUCAGACGGCAGAGAUAUAGUAGUUGCAUGGGGAUGCAUGGGGAUGCAUGGGGUAAUUUGCGCCAUUGACUAGGCCGGCGAUGGCGUGCUGUUGGAACCUCCCUCACUCCUAGGCUAGGGCGUAGCUCCCUUACGUCUCCCUCCAAAGUGAGGUGAAGGGAGACUGCAGUAGUUACUCCUUCGCAAAGUAAGUGACCAGAUAAAGGGACUUCCCUUCGCCAUUCAAUCGUUCUCCCAAACUUCAACGCAAUGAAGCCGACCGGGUUCGUCUCCGUCCUCGCGACCCUUACGGGAUGUGCGUGCGCAGAAUGGCAGUUCCGCUCCCGCCCUGAUCUGUCUCCGCCGCGCCUCAACAUCACCAUUCCCGCCACUGACGACAUCUCGCCGGGCUUCAUCUUUGUGACGCCGUACCCGAGCUUCAAAGGCCCAGCGGUCUUCCCCGAGCAGCCCGCCGCCUACAUUCUCCGCGACGACGGCGAUCUCGUCUGGUCAAGCCUGGGGUACCUGUCCGGAUUCGUCGCCAACUUCCAGGCCACGAGAUACCAGGGUCAGCCUGUUCUCCAGGCGUUUCAGGGCACGAUCGAUUCAAGACACGGACGGGGUCAUGGGACACUUCAAAUCUUGGACAACCAGUACCGGCCAGUUGCGCAGGUUCAGAGCUUGACGAACAAGAUCCCGUCAUUACACGAGCUUAGAAUCGUCAACGAGAAGACAGCGCUAGUUGAGAUUUACAACCCAGUUCCGUAUGACUUAACUGCGUAUGGAGGGUCUGAGGGACAGAAUUGGAUUGUCGAUAGUAUCCUACAGGAGGUUGAUAUCGAGACGGGCGAGCUCAUCUUUGAGGUCCACUCACUCGACAUUGUGUCACCAGCUGACAGUCUCGCUCCCCUACCUUCAGGAGCCGCCCUCGACGCACCCGAUGCCUGGGACUAUUUUCACCUCAACAGCAUCGACAAGGACGACGAAGGCAACUACCUCAUCUCGGCCCGGCACACAAGCACCAUCUAUAAGCUGUCCGGCCGCGAUGGCUCCAUUAUUUGGCAGCUUGGAGGAGAUCGCUCCACCUUUGAGCUAUCGCCAGGCCUCGACUUUGGCUGGCAGCACGAUGCGCGCUUACUGAACCGCUCUGCCGACGGCACGAUCGAGACCAUCUCGUUCUUUGACAACUCGGCGUCGACUUUCAGCCAGAAAGACAAGAGCCAGGCAACGCUACACACUCACUCACGGGCGCUGAUCGUGCAGCUCAACCACGCCAACAACUCCUCAUUAGUCCUCCAGUCGUACAUCUCGCCGGAUAACCUCUCAGCACAGUCCCAAGGCAACACGCAGGUUCUCCCCAACGGCAACGUCUUCGUCAACUGGGGCCAGGAAGGCGCCGUGACCGAGUUCAGCGCCGACGGGACUCCCAUCUUCAACGCCUUCCUCGAGACGGGGGCGUCGGUGCAGAGCUAUCGCGGCUUCCGGUUCGAGUGGACGGGCCGUCCGAAGGAGGUCCCCGCCAUCGUCGCGCUGCGGGACGGCUCCGAGACGAGCGUCUACGUCAGCUGGAACGGCGACACGGAGGUCAGCCUGUGGCGGUUCUACGCGCAGGACGGAGACUCGGCGGACGCCAGCUCCGUGCGCAAGGUCGGCGACGCGCGCAAGGUCUCGUUCGAGACAAGCGUGACCAUCCCAGCGCAGAGGUUGCAGGAAUUCGGGGAGCAUGUCCGGAUCUUCGCGGCGGGCUUCGACAAGGACGGCACCGUGUUGACCAGGACACGAGAGGUGGCCGUCGUAGAGGCUGUCCACGCCUCGCGCGAGGACCGGGAUGAGCAGGCGGGAGAACUAUGAUACCUUGAUUCUUGUACAUGCUUUGACGCACAACAUAUUAUGCAGCGAUGAUCUUUUUGCGCGGUGACUCAUACCUCAUAUGUGCAUUGAAAACACUUGGUCGAAUCCGUCGUCUCUCUCCUAUCGCUCGGUCAAGGGGCUUGCGAAUGGCGGCAGUUGCUCACGUCGACUUGUAUCUGCCAGAGCCUGCAUGUUAGACGGAGCUCACGAGACCCAACUCCCAGUUUCACCAAGUCGACAGCAAUGCCGGCUCGCCACUGCAUCCACGUAGUUUCUGCAUCCCGCACUCAUGCAUCCAAGUCCCAGCGCCGACGAGCCGUUGCCUUUCCUGGACGCACAACCUCGACCGGCGGCAUCACCACGCUCUUGGCACCGCCUCUCCCGGCCAGCCACGUCAAAUCCCGCUCGCAGAUCGCCCACACUCUGCAUCGCCCGUCUCGUCCAGAGGAACCAGCACAAACCCAC